CGGAGGGAGUUAUUUCUGAAUGGAGUUUUCUAAAUACCACAACAAAUCGGCGGAUGACCGGCGUACUGGGGCGCUCAGCGUCUGGAGUUGUGACCGCUUGGCAUCUUCACAGUUCUAGCCUAGAAGCGUUGUAACGACUGAGAACAAGAAAGGGGAAAUUUUUCUGCUAAGACACAACAAAAGAGAGUUCCGGUGUUUAUCGUCUGCAAGGGAGCCCAAAAACAAAUUAUACGAAAACUCACAGUUUGUCUGUUUAUAUUUCAAAGAUUACACGAUUAUCAUGUCACUGCACUAAACCUCAAGCUGGAAUUUUCUCCUUUGGUAAAAUUUACGAGUAGAAUUUUUAAAAAAAUUUACCACGCGACUUCGCCUCAUGAGUUGUCUCCCUUGGUAAAACAAAUUCAGCUUCUCUCCCUUGUCCAGACAUCAACGUGUAAGUCUACACCUUAAUGUACCCGACACGGUGUAAAAAUAAAAAUGGUGCUGUGGACUUUAUGAAAAAAUAUUAAAUCAAUAUUAACUUAGACAACAAAAAAUUAAAUCAAUAUUAACUUGAGACAACAACAAAAAUUACCGAGUCUGUUGACGAAAUUAAACAUUUACUAUGCUCCUGCUUGCGUAAACAUCAAACCAGUUCAUUCCGCGCAUGCGCAAUGGGAGCCCAGACGUCGAAACGAGACAAAAUCAACAGCGUCACCAACAGCGAUAAGUCGAGCCACCGGAAGAAGUACCUGCCCCAGACCAACGGGGCCACGACCAACGGGACCGGGGACGACCCGCGGUCCCCCUCGAUCGAGGAGCACCCGGUGGAGCUGCCCACCUUCACGGCCCGCCAGAAGGAGCUGGUCACGGAGACGUGGAGGCUCGUGCAGGAGGACAUGGCCAAGGUGGGCGUGGUCAUGUUCAUCAAGUUAUUUGAAACUCACCCGGAAGUUCAAAAUGUGUUCAUGCCAUUUCGUGGCCAAUCUAAAGAAAGUCUGAAGGACAGCGCCCAGCUUAAGUCUCACGCGCUGCGCGUCAUGGGGACCGUGGACAAGUGCAUCACGCGGUUCCAGGAUCCUGUCAAGGUGAAGGACAUGCUGCACGAGCUGGGCGCCAGGCACGUGAUGUACAACGCCAAGGUCGAUUACAUGGACCUGAUUGGGCCACAGUUCAUCUGGGCCAUAGAGCCAGUGCUGGGCGACCGCUGGACACCGGAAGUGGAGCAGGCGUGGUCAGACCUCUUCAAGUUCGUCAGCUACAUCAUGAAGGACGCCAUGUCGUUUUGACCACGUGGUACGGCCCAGCAUAAAGUGCCUGAUUCACCCCCCGGGGCCCGUCAAGACGAGCCCAGAUAUACCAGAACGAAUGUUCUAGAAAAAAAUUUGUCAUGGAGAAGUUUUUUCGCUUUGCGACUAGGGACGCAUUUUCUGAUCUUGGACUCAUAGCAAGUGUGGAAAAAAUAAUGACUUCAUAUAAUUAAUAUUGUUAUUAAGUUAUAUUAAAAAUGUAAUUGUGUGGAAGCAGGGGUGGACUGUGCCCAAGACCCAUUUCCCCCCCCCCCCCCCGGGAAACAUCUUAAUAUGCGCCCCAUACCAAGAUUAAAAGUUCCAUUGUGCAUUUUUUUCCCCAACAAAAUCUGAUGAUCAACUUCAGCUUGGUGAAUUUCACGUGACAAUUGUUUUUUUUU